AUGGCGAUCCUACAUUCUCUCCUAAUGGCGACGAACUUCCGCAAUCCGUUCCUGCGCAACCUGAUCCCCAGCGUCGGACUGGCAUUCGGGAUCCAAGCCGCCGUCGCCGUGCCCUCGAUCCUCGGACAGACCGAACGCUUCUAUGACCUCUCAGGCUCCCUGACAUAUCUGUCCUGCACGGCCUUGAGCCUAUACCUACCCGCCAUGCGUGCCCGCGCCACAGCAGCAGUGGCUGGGGCCGCGAAGCCAGCCUGGCCGAGUCUGCUCAGUGCCUUCAACGGCACCGCCGGCCCAUACGGAUUUAACUGGCGCCAGGUCGUGCUCAGCGCCGCUGUCACCAUCUGGGCUGCGAGACUCGGAACAUUCCUCUUCCAACGCAUCCUAAAAGACGGCUCCGACUCCCGAUUCGAGACGAUCCGCACAUCCCUUCCAAAAUUUCUCGGCGCCUUCUUCGCCCAAGCAGUCUGGGUCUCCCUAUGCCUCCUCCCCGUGCUAUCGAUCAACUCCCUCGCGCCCUCGACCUUCACCGCGCUUGGCUCGCUCGUCUCACUGACCGACAUCCUCGGCGUGGCACUGUACCUAGGCGGCCUAGGCUUCGAAGCGACGGCCGACCGCCAGAAAAGCGCAUGGAGCCGCGAGAAGAAGGAGAAGAAGCACGACGAGGACUUUCUGACGCGCGGCCUGUGGAGCAAAUCCCGACAUCCGAACUACUUCGGCGAGAGUACGCUGUGGACCGGCAUUGCGACGUUGGCGGGCGGCGUGCUGGCCAGUAAGGCUGGCGUCGCGGGCAUGGGCUUCUCGAGCGUAGGCAGCGGAUUGUUGACUGGGAAGAUCGUGGCGCUGUUGGCCGCCGGUGUGAGCCCGGCGUUUGUCACGUUUCUGCUCUUCAAGGUCUCGGGCAUUCCACUCAGCGAGAAGAAAUAUGAUAAGAAGUUUGGCGAUCGUGAGGAUUAUCAGCGCUGGAAGAGGGAGACGCCUAUGUUCUUUCCUAAGUUCUGA